AUGCCAUAUCCUAAUGAUCUGAUCAUAGAAGACGGGCAAAACAAAAUGAUAAUGGACGAGCUUUCCUAUGACCGAGGGAAGUUAGAAGAGGAGUUCCAGCGACUGUUUCAAGGAUUAACAACUGAGCAACGUGGAAUUUACAAUGAAAUUAUGUCAGUUGUAUCACGAGGAAAAGGAGGGGUGUUCUUUGUAUAUGGAUACGGAGGAACAGGCAAGACAAAGUUAAUCAUAUGGGAUGAAGCUCCCAUGAUGCAUAAAUACUGCUUUGAAGCUCUAGAUAGGAGUUUAAAGGAUGUUAUGCAGUUUGUGAAUCCUGCAAAUCAAGAUAUCACAUUUGGUGGCAAGGUUGUAGUUUUUGUUGGUGAUUUAAGAAAAAUAUUACCCGUGGUGCCUAAAGGAAGCAGACAAGACAUUGUCUUCUCAGCAAUAAAUAGUUCUUACUUAUGGGACUUUUGCCGAGUACUUAGGCUGACAAAGAACAUGCGCCUCACAACAGGUUCAAAUGGGGGACAUGACCCUAUUGCGACAAUAGUAGAAAGCACAUAUCCUGACAUACCGGAUCACAUUUGGGAAUCAAGUUAUUUUCAAGAAAGAGCUAUUCUUGCUCCAACCAAUGAAAUUGCUGAGACGGUUAACGAUCACGUGUUAUCUCAAUUGCCAGGUGAAGAAAGAACUUACUUGAGUUCAGAUGCAAUUUCAGUGGAGGAAGGAAAUUUUGGAAUUCAUGAGAUGUAUUCAACAGAGUUCCUAAAUACAAUUAAAUGCGGAGGAUUACCAAACCAUAGUAUACGACUGAAGGUUGGAGCACCAGUGAUGCUCAUAAGGAAUAUUGAUCAAAGUUCUGGGCUAUGUAGUGGCACAAGAUUGGUCGUUAAGCACUUAGGCGAUCGCAUUAUAAAGGCUAUUGUGGUAUCUGGUAGUAAUUUGGGCAAUAAGGUCUUUAUUCCACGAAUGACGCUGACUUCGUCAGACUCAACAAAAUUUCCCAUCAAGUUCCAACGGAGACAAUUCCCUUUGGUUGUGUGCUUAAUGACAAUCAAUAAAAGUCAAGGACAAUCACUUUCACAUGUUGGCCUAUAUCUUCCUCGGUCUGUUUUCAGCUACAGACAAUUUUAUGUGGCCGUAUCAAGAGUUACUAGCAAGAAGGGUUUGAAAAUUUUAAUAGUUGAUAAAGAACGUGGAACAUCAAAUGUUACCACGAACGUAGUGUACAAAGAAGUAUUUCAGAAUGUUGGUUAA